ACUAUUUGCAAAAAUAAAUUUAAGUUCAUUUGGUAAAAUUUCUAUUUGUGGACGAUGAAAUUGUUUGUUUACGUUUUAUUCUUGUGCACAGUUGUGCUCGGCCGGGAGGCGAAGACGCUCGACGGUGGAAAACGUACUGUUCGGAAUUUAGUAAGGAAGAAAAGAAUACUCAAAGGGGAAGUAGUAAAUGAAGUAGUACCAUAUAUGGUCAGUGUGCAAAGACGGUGGGAUCGGGCACAUGUAUGCGGAGGGACGCUCGUCUAUUUGAGACUCGUGGUCACCUCCUGCAGCUGCGUGGCGCACAGCGAUGACAGUGCUUCGGGGUUGGAACCCGCUUUACCCAAAGGGUACAUCGUCAUCGCCGGGUCCAAAAGCAAUUGGAAUCUCAAUGAUGCAAACACGAGAAUCGCCGUUCGAAUGGAGGCGGACGCCAGAUGUCGGUACGACCUCGGUUCGGAACUCUGGGAGCAUGACAUAGGCUACAUCACAGUCCAGAAGCCGUUCAACUUUAUCGAAAAUAAUUUGGAGACGAUUAAAAAUUUCCCUACUACUCAAUGGAAAUUAGACGCGGACCUUGCUACUUUUAUGUAUAAAACGGAUUUUCAGGAAGGCGGGAAAGAAUACUGUUACGUGUACGGCUGGGGUGCGAGUGCCACUAAAAAAGAAGAUGGAGUAUUCGACGUGGACGAUAUCACAGCAGACCUAAAACACAAGGCAGUUCAAUUCGUUAAUAAGUCGGAUUGUAGAGCCAGACUGUGUAGCGUGAAUAGGGGCGGUUGCGCGUUCGAUUUGGACAAAAGUAAAGCAUUUUGCAUCGCUUCCUCCGGAGGGGCCAAAGGACCUCUGUGCUUCGGCGACAAUGGAUCGCCGUUGAUAUGUGGCGGACGAUUUUUCGCAGUUGGGGAAGUGACAUUCGAAUGCGGUUUUUAUCAAUUUAGCUUGUUUUUUAAAAUUGACGUCGAGACUAUACGUACCUAUCUAUCGGAUCACACCUCUUUCCCCAAAAUCAGUCAUUUUUUGUUUCCUUUUCUAACAGUCUUUCUCUCGUUGCAAUUUCGAGUAUAAACGCAAGCAGGAAAACUACAAAAAAACCUACUAAAAACUUUACUGAUUCUAAUAAAUUCAGUAUAUUUUCCAUGCCAUA